ACCCCUCUUCUGCAUGGGCUUUCUCUCCUGUCAGUCAAGCAAUCAUUUAGAUCACUUCUCAUUCAACUGCCGCCAUGUAUAUCCCCAUCGGUACCUUGACCACUGCCUCGCUCCUUGUCGGGGCUGCUCUGGCUGCACCCACCCCCUCCCCGCUCAAGGCAAGAAACAUCGUCCGCAGAAGCGGCAGCCACACCAUUUACAAGCCCACUCCAUUCACCGCUCCUAGUCAAUACAAGGCCGCCUCCAAGUACCUCGAGCUGAGCAAGACCAAGUCCAAGGGGAACGUGAACCCUCGUAGCGCUGCGUAUGUCACGCGCUCCACCAGCAGUGGCAGCUCCACCUUGAUCUCCCUCUUCGAAGGCGAGGAGUUCGCUACCUCAAUCACUAUUGGUGAUGAUUCUUUUGACGUUAUCGUCGACACCGGUUCCAGUGAUACCUGGGUCGUCAAGACGGGCUUCACAUGUAUUGACCUCGACACCGGCCGCGAGACCUCCGAGUCGAGCUGCGCCUUUGGCUCCACCUGGACUGUGGAGAGCUCCUUCGUGGAAAUCGAGGGAGAAGAAUUCGCUAUCGAGUAUGGCGAUGGUGAGUACCUCUAUGGAGUGAUGGGUAACGAAACCGUCACUCUUGCCGAUAUCACUGUGGACCAAACCAUCGGCGUGGUCACUGAGGCCGCCUGGGAGGGCGACGGAACCACCUCUGGCCUGACUGGUCUUGCGUACCCUGCCCUUACGAGCGCCUACUCCACAAAGACCGGCGAGCAAGUCGUCUACAGCAACAUCAUCACCACCAUGUGGGAGGAGGGACUGAUUGAACCUUAUUUCAGUCUGGCCAUUGAGCGCGAUGUCUCCGGUGCCGCCGGCUAUCUCGCUCUGGGUGGUCUGCCUCCUGUUGACUUUGUCGAAGACUUCACCAACACCUCCAUCCUGGUCACCAACAUUGAAGGCUACUCCAAGACCUACGACUUCUACACCAUCAACAUUGACGCCGUCACUCUGAACGGCAAGAGCUUGACCAGCGCUGGUGGCGACGACAUCCAGUACAUCGUCGACUCUGGCACCACCCUGAACUACUUGCCCACUUCCAUCUCUCAGGAGAUCAACGCCGCUUUCUCUCCUGCGGCGACUUACUCCGACGACGAGGGCGCCUACAUUGUUGACUGCGACGCCACCCCUCCCACUCACGGCAUCACCAUCAACGGCAAAACCUUCUACAUCAACCCCCUCGACAUGAUCCUCGAUGCUGGCACCGACGACGAGGGCAACACCGUCUGCAUCACCGGUAUCGUUGACGGUGGCAGCGACACCUCCGAAGAUCUCUACAUUCUGGGCGACACCUUCCAGAAGAACGUCGUCACCGUGUUCGACAUUGGCGCCACGGAGCUGAGAUUCGCUGCUCGCGAGAACUACACCUCCAACGACACCUACUAGACAUCGACUCCCUAUAUCCCAGUUAAUCACGUGUAUAGUUAUGUUGAAUGUAGUAUGAAAAUUC